CCCAUGUUGCGCCGCUCCCUCGCUUUUUCUUUGUCCCCGCCGCUCAUCGCUCUUCCCAUCUGGCCCCAUUCCUCUGCCAUGAUCCUCGUCAUGAUCGACACUGGUACAGCCCACCCGCUCAUCUGCAGCAGAACAUCCCCGAUCUCGUGUUUGGCUGCGAGCGUUGGCCCUGACCGAAACGCUCUGUCCUCCGCCUCACCUGCACCUCUGCUCCCUGUCUAGCGCUCCUCGAUAGCUACCUGAGCCAUUGCCAUCCUUACCUGUCCGCAAUGGGAGUUGGAGCAUCCCAGCCAUCCGAUGUCUCCAGAACCUCGCCCAGAUGUGAGUUUGCACGCUCACUAACUCACCACCCACUCUGUCAUCAACCCGUAAGCCUGCCUGCCUACCUUGAUAUGUUUACCCUGUGUGCCUUGAUACUGCGUUUUUCCUUGCGCCUCGCGCCACACAGUCUUUUUAAGUGAGCCAUAUAUGCACCUA